AUGGCAAUGGGGACCGUCUCCGUUGCGGAGCUCCUCGGACAUUGCAUGGAGGUCUACAAGCGCAACCAGAAUUAUGUCGACCUCCUCCAGGAUCGCCUCUCCAGCUUCGGCUACGUCCCCGGUAACGACUGUUGUUGCAAGUUUCUCACCCGUUGGCCAUUAAUGAGGAGAGAUGGAAAGAUUGAUUUCCUCGCGAAAGGAAUCAUUAUUUCGUGCGAUUUUGUAAUUUCUGCUGAGAUCUCUUGGAUGACACUACAGAGAUUGAUCUAGGCGGGAUCGAUGACAGUGGGGAUUUGGAUGGGGAUUCGAGGCUUCACAGCUCGGAGAGUGGGUUGCAGCCGCCACGGCAGGCUUGUGGAUCGAUCUUUGAAGUAGGGUCUGCCAGGAGGAGGCUGGAUGAGGAUCCUCUGUAUCCUUUUUUCCCUUGCUUAAACAUGUCCAUAGUUUAUAGUACAGGCUCCCGUUUUUUUUGGGGGGUAAUCCUCUGGUGUUAUUUUCGACUUCUCAAAGUAGACUUACUUUCCGCCAGAUCAGCGCUUUUUUUUCAUUCUAUUCUUCCUUUUUCUUUAGUAAUAAUUUCCAUGUGGUUUAGGCUUUUCUCGUCCUCAUUCCCCCGUAAACUGUUACCGAAUAUCAAUUGGGAAACAUACGAAGAGUUAAGAUCUUGAAACGGUUCUAGCACUUUCUCAUCAUUUGGACUCAAUUCUGGUAGGGUUUACUUUUUCAUGGGAAAAAUUGGUAAGCUCUUCAAUUUCCAUUAUCAAAUAGUUUGAUCGAUUAUGUUUUGAUGAAUUUACUAGUAGUCUUUUGAUGUGUUCUACGAUUAAGAAGUACCUGGUGUACUUCGACCCAUACGUCUUUGUUCUACCUAGUGCGUUGCAUGCUCUCAACUACCUUAACCAAUUGAAGAUUUGAGGAUUCGCAAUCUUUGCAAGACAUUGGCCUUUCAGAUGCGUGCCUUGCCACCUUAGCAUGUGAAGGUUAGUAUGAUCACAUAAAUCCAAAGUCUCCCUUUUAGUUUAAAUGCUUGGCCCCUGGAUGUGUACUUGGUUCAGCUACAUAGGUUUCAAUUCUAAGUCCACCAUAUUGCUGAGCUUCCUUCUGAACUAAUGAUUCUUUUGGCUGGUAAUCUUGGAAUCUCAACUGUGUCAAACAACAUUGUUGUGAAAGUUUUUCGGAAAGUUUAAUUGGAUUUUGCGUCGUAUCAAAUGAAUGUUUAAAGACAUACUGACAACGAUUUAAGGAAAUUCUGAAUGCACAUAUUUUCGCAAUAACCAAAAGGAAAAUAAUCCUAAUUCCAACCGAAAUUCCUACUGUCAGCUAUACUUCAAAAUAGUGUGUAACUCUGACAACUGACAACUGACAAGACACAAUUGAUUUUUCUUUGCCAAACAGGAACGAAGGUGUGGUGUUUGCGCUACUUUCUCAUCAAAAAUUAUAAUCUUGUAGAAAAAUUUAUUGAAUGGUGGGAGAGAACUGUGCCCUUUAUUUUACAUACAGGCUUUCUUCAUUAACUUGUGUUUAAUAGUAUCCACAGUUUGUGCGAUUCGAAUUUUUUUGCAUCUAUUGGGGUCAUCCUCGUGUUAUAAUGUGUCUUGCUCUUUUAUUGUCUUUCUAUAACAAUGCGUCACAAGCAAUUAUUAAUCAAAUUUGUAAUUCUUUUACUCAUAUACUUCCUGAGAGGAGUACUGUGUUGACCACAUAUGUGCUUUCCAGCUCCUACAAUUUUUGUUCAGCUUAACUUAUUUUGGACCAAAAUUUACUUUCCAUUGGUGUCCGGGUAUCUUGUACAACCUUAUAAGCUUGUUCACUUUCUAAAGGAGAACAAAGUGCAGAAGUUUAUAUUAAAUUGCAUUAUGGCGAACCAUUGAAUUAUUUUCAGCUACUUGCUGUAUAGAUUGGCCCCCCAAACUCCUGUUAAAAUCUGUGUGUGUGGAUCAGAAAUUCCUCAUCAGGUCCAUCAGCAGAUCCAGGUUAAACAUUUCUGCCAUGUUAUAGUAAUGAAACCAUCAGCAGCUAGUGUCUACUUAUCUAUAAUUUAUUGGGGUAAAUAUUAGUGGCUUGUUAUUGUUCACAAUAAACGAUGGUCUUUGUCAUCUUCUCUGUUGAUGGAAGAUCUUUUCUGUCUUUCUUUGAUAACAUAGAAUCCGUGGUCUUAUGUUGCAGCCCAAAAUGAUCUUCCGAGUUCAAGGAGUCAUCCAGAAGAACUGUUAAGGUGAAUGAAUUUAGUUCUCUGUUUGUGACCCUUCAGUAUUCCUUCCUGAAAAUUUUCGUUUCCUUCAGUUCGGGCAGUGGCAAAACCUCUGACGAAAAGAUCUCACAUCGUUCCUCUCUGGAAGCAAUUGCUCCCAAAGGUAUCACAACUGGCCAUGAAAUGCUCACCCUAUUUAUUGACAAGCAUUCUGUUAAUGAUCAAUGAACUCCGGGAGGUAUGUGCCAGAUGUAUGUGCCAUCAGAGCUUUGAUAGAAAUAUCAAAAAAUGACUACGACAAACUUCCUGCCUAUGUGAGGAGUCUUGCUUCGUGGGAGGUAUGAUCCCUUACAUUCAUACGUAUCUUCCUUCUGUUCAGUCAACUACAGUCUCAUCUUUUCCUUUUAUCGAAGAUAAGAAGAGCAUGCUUGACAUUCUUGUGAUUCAUGGAAUGCCACCACCUAAGUCAUUCUGCACCAAGGACCAAGCCUUCAUUUGGCUAGUCAUCAGUCUUAUGGAUAUUCUUAUUAUGGUGUCUCCAAAAAUCGUACAGCAUCAUUCUUUGCUCCUGAUUGUCCAAACUUGCUCACAAAAAAACGUUGACUUUUAAAGGACCUGCAAGAGGCUGUGACGAAGAUCAACUUGGGUCUCUCCAAGCAAGACCCAUUGAAGAACUGUGAUUCCUUCAAUGAGGCUGAUUUUGCCGAACUCGGGCUGGGUAUGUGCCUUCAGUACCCACCAUCACAUGAGACUCAUCCUUCGUGGGCCUUUAUUUCCAUCAUCUUGUCAAUGUAAUGCUUCGAUUGCAGGGCGCAAGGGGAAGUCCUACGUUUUGGCUCUCAUACGGAUGAAUCGGUUGGCUGUCGACACCGUGGGCGGCUCGGUCAUCUACCGCAUUGUCGCUAAUGAAAUCAACAAGCUUUAA